GUUAUGGCUCCUCCUGCUACGGUAGACCGGAGCCAGACGCAGUAGAAGUGCAGGAGAACGGGAAUAAUAACACACAGCCAAACUCUGUUUUGAUUUUCUUUCUCCGCGGAACAUGGCACAUGACGGGACGCUGACGAAAACGAUAUAGACGAUGCACUUAACGUCGCCUCUUCUGCUGUGACGGCUUCGACGGUUUCUUCCAAAUUAACACCCCAAAUGAACUCCGUCAGAGCAAGUAACGUUAGCAGAAGACCAAGGCGAGUGUCGAGGCCGCGCCCGGUGCAGCCGGAGAGGAACCACCAGGAAAGAGAUGAGGACAUUCCUGCAGAUAUGGUUGCAGAAGAAUCUGGUCCAGGAGCUCAAAAUAGUCCAUACCAACUUAGAAGGAAGUCUCUACCCAAGAGAACAGUGUGUCCAACAAAGACAAAUAUGGAGGGUGCUUCCACUUCAAACACAGAAAACUUUGGACACAGACCUAAGCGUCCUAGAGUUACAGGAAAAUGUCAAGAUUUGCCAGCAGCUCCAGCUGAGCAGUAUUUACAGGAGAAGCUUCCAGAUGAGGUGGUGCUGAAAAUUUUCUCUUACCUGCUGGAGCAGGACUUGUGCCGUGCUGCAUGUGUGUGUAAGCGCUUCAGUGAGCUGGCCAAUGACCCCAUCCUCUGGAAGAGGCUGUAUAUGGAAGUUUUUGAAUACACAAGGCCCAUGAUGCACCCUGAGGCAGGGAAGUUCUUCCAGAUAAAUCCAGAAGAAUAUGAACAGCUAAACCCUUGGAAGGAAAGUUUUCAGCAACUGUAUAAAGGAGCACAUGUAAAGCCAGGCUUUGCAGAACACUUCUACAGUAAUCCUGCAAGAUACAAAGGGAGAGAGAAUAUGUUUUACUAUGACACCAUUGAAGAUGCUCUUGGUGGGGGCCAGGAACCUCACUUUGAUGGCUUAAUAUUUGUCCACUCGGGUAUUUACACAGAUGAAUGGAUCUACAUCGAGUCUCCAAUCACAAUGAUUGGAGCUGCUGCUGGGAAAGUAGCGGAGAAAGUCAUCAUUGAGAACACCAGAGAUUCUACAUUUGUAUUCAUGGAAGGCUCAGAAGAUGCGUAUGUUGGAUAUAUGACCAUAAGGUUCAAUCCGGAUGAUAAAUCCGCCCAACAUCACAAUGCACACCACUGCUUGGAGAUUACAGUUAACUGCAGCCCCAUCAUUGACCACUGCAUCAUACGCAGCACGUGCACAGUGGGUUCAGCUGUCUGUGUUAGUGGCCAGGGUGCUUGUCCCACAAUCAAGCACUGCAACAUCAGUGACUGUGAAAACGUUGGUCUUUACAUCACUGAUCAUGCACAGGGAAUAUACGAAGACAAUGAAAUCUCAAACAAUGCCUUGGCUGGCAUUUGGGUAAAAAACCAUGGCAACCCAAUCAUCAGACGGAAUCACAUUCACCAUGGUAGAGAUGUGGGUGUUUUCACAUUUGACCAUGGCAUGGGGUUACUUGAGAGCUGCAACAUCCAUAGGAACCGCAUAGGCUUUGAGGUGAAGGCGUAUGCCAAUCCUACAGUAGUCCGCUGUGAGAUCCAUCAUGGUCAGACGGGGGGGUUUUACGUGCAUGAGAAGGGCCGUGGCCAGUUCAUUGAAAACAAGAUCUAUGCAAAUAUUGCUGGUGUGUGGAUCACCUCGAAUAGUGAUCCCACAAUAAGAGGGAAUGCCAUAUUCAAUGGUAACCAAGGCGGAGUUUAUAUUUUUGGUGAUGGCCGAGGCCUCAUAGAAGGAAACGAUAUCUAUGGAAAUGCAUUGGCAGGAAUCCAGAUCAGGACAAACAGCUGUCCUAUUGUCAGACACAACAAGAUCCAUGAUGGCCAGCACGGUGGCAUAUAUGUGCACGAAAAAGGACAAGGCGUUAUUGAGGAGAACGAGGUGUACAGCAACACGCUGGCAGGAGUGUGGGUUACAACAGGCAGCACGCCGGUGCUGAGGAGGAACCGGAUACACAGCGGGAAGCAGGUUGGGGUCUACUUUUAUGACAAUGGCCAUGGUGUGCUGGAAGACAAUGACAUCUACAAUCACAUGUACUCUGGAGUCCAAAUUAGAACUGGUAGCAACCCCAAGAUUAGGCGGAACAAGAUCUGGGGAGGCCAGAAUGGUGGCAUUUUGGUUUACAAUUCUGGCCUGGGCUUCAUCGAGGACAAUGAGAUCUUUGACAAUGCUAUGGCAGGAGUGUGGAUCAAGACCGACAGUAACCCCACUCUGCGGAGAAAUAAGAUUCAUGAUGGGAGAGAUGGUGGGAUCUGUAUAUUCAAUGGUGGAAGAGGUUUGCUCGAGGAAAAUGACAUUUUCCGAAAUGCUCAAGCAGGAGUCCUCAUUAGCACUAACAGCCAUCCUGUGCUGCGGAAAAACAGGAUAUUUGAUGGCUUUGCUGCAGGUAUUGAGAUCACCAAUCAUGCCACAGCAACUCUAGAGGGCAAUCAGAUCUUCAACAAUCGCUUUGGAGGGUUGUUUCUUGCAUCUGGUGUCAAUGUCACAAUGAAAGAUAACAAAAUCAUGAACAAUCAAGAUGCCAUUGAAAAGGCUGUAAGUAGAGGCCAAUGCCUGUACAAAAUUUCAAGUUACACCAGCUACCCAAUGCACGACUUUUACAGGUGUCACACCUGUAACACAACAGACCGUAAUGCCAUCUGUGUGAACUGCAUCAAGAAGUGUCAUCAAGGACACGAUGUGGAGUUCAUCAGACACGAUAGAUUCUUUUGUGACUGCGGUGCAGGGACGCUGUCGAAUCCUUGCACGUUAGCUGGGGAACCGACUCACGACACAGACACACUGUAUGACUCAGCUCCUCCUAUAGAGUCCAACACACUGCAACACAACUGAGCUGAAAACAAAACAUAUACAGUGACUGAAAAAAUGUUCAAAGGAGAACUAAAAAAAAACAAAAAACAAAAAAAUUGGUCUGGUUAUGGAUGCCUCGCUUUUUCCUUUUCCUUCAAAUGUUUAAGAAAAGACAUCAAUGGACAGGACGCUAACAAGCAGUUGACUCAGGGUUUGGAAUGUGUCGUGCAGACCAGAUAACAGGAACUGGUGAGAUGGACAAAAGCUACCGAGGCUCAUCUGCUUUUGUGAACUCAAAAGGACAAUAUACUGUUGUCAUGUAUAGACCAUGGAUUACGUUUAUGGAACAGACUCACUAUGGACAAACGUUCAGAAAGAAGAGGCACAACUUCUCUCAUGCGGUGGCAAAGUCCUCCGUACAAAAGUGCUUCCAUCGCUGAGCAAGAUGUGCUCGUAUAGCAAGUACAGGAGGAAAAAAAAAAAAAGACCUAGCACUUCAGCUUAUGUUUCUCAAGACAAAAUAUUGAGGAUUUUAAUGUUUGUGUAGUUUUGUAUUUUCAUGCAAAAUCUUACUGUACUUGAAUGUCUUUAUUUUAUUAAAUGUGUUAAUUUUUGUUUAUCAUACCCUAGACUUGCUGUAAUUGUACUCAUGUCGCAGUAUCUAACUUCUUUCUGUGAAAGAGGAAAACACUAAAACAUUUUUCUCCAGCAACAUUGACUUUACAUUUGCAAUAUAAAGGCAGGGAAAAAGCUGCACUGUGUUUUCACAGGUUUAUGUGUAAUAAUAUCACAUAUUGUCUUUGAGUAGUGAAAAUUAACAGUUGUGAUGAGUUUUAAUAUUCUGUGUAAUUCCUGGGGUCAAAAGGUACACACUCGUGUUGAGUGUUGUAAUUGUUGCAGCCAUAGUAUUGUCAUAUGGACUUAAUUACCAAAUAGCUCAGCUGGUUAGUGUCAGUGUAUUAAAAUGCACUUUAAAUUACAGCAUUGUUUAUUUUGCAUUGGGGAGGGGAUACAGCACCACAUAAAAAGAAAAACAUGAGACAAUGCCCCAAAAAUUCACAAACCAGUCAAAUUGCAGUCAUGGUACAAAAAGUGUUUGACUGGUCAGUCUGAUUAAAUAUAAAUGGAUUAUAAAUCUCCUGGUGUUUUUUUCUUUUCUUCUCACCCUGUUGAUGUUACUGGAGAAUUUCCAAAGCUUUUACUCUUCUGAAGCUGAGACAAGUAUCUAUAUACAGCGCUAUAGUUUCAUUGGCCCCACCCCAUUCAUGUGUACCGGUGAUUGUGGGUUCUCAUACGAACUGAAAUGUAUGCAUGUAUCAUAACAUCUAGACUUAAUAUAUUGUGAAACAUUCAAUAACCGUUAUGUAGGCUCUAGUGUGAAUUAAAAGGGUUUAAUUUCCUAGAUGAAACUGUCAUUUUUAAAAAUAAAUUUUAUUCAUCGUUA